AUGUCACACCAGGACAUCACACAAAAGUACCCAAUAGGAAGCAGGCCAACCAUAUCGUUUGUGCCAUACUUGAUAUUUUGCUCCUAUGUUGUUAGUCUCAUUGGUUCUUUUACGACUGUAGAACUGCUUCACCGAAGAGUGUCUGGAGCAGGAUGGCGCUCGUUGGUUCAGAUAGGGGGCUGCGCGGUGUCCUUCGGCUUGGUUGCAAUCUGGUGCAUGCACUUUGUAGGCAAUCGCGCCAUCGUUCUCGGUGACGGAGAGAAAGAGAUCCAACUCUAUUACAGUCCGAUGUACACGGCGAUAUCCGCCGUCCUGCCGGUGUUAGUAAUCUUCCUGGGUCUAUUGGCUGCGGACAGGUUCUACAAAGGAAACAAGAGAGCUAUAGCUCGAUUCGGGUCGCUGGGAAUCUGUGGUAUAUGCGGGGGAGCGGCAGUCACCGAGAUGCACUACCUCGGAAAUAACGGCACUACCAACUAUCGCAUUAUAUUGAGCUUGGCUCAUAUUUUCGGUGCCGCCGCCAUCGCUGUAGGAGCGUGUCUCAUAUCAUUUGGUCUUUUCUUCCACUGGAGCCAGCACUGGAUGAACAAUAUCUGGAGGCGCAUCAUUGUAGCGCUAUUCCUGGCAGCUGCCGUUUGCGGGAUGCACUGGACUGCAGCAGCGGGCACCUGGUAUGAGAUUCGAGGCUAUCACAGCGGACCUGGCCAGGAAAGGAACAUCAACCUGAUCAUCUCCUUGUGUCUUUGUCUAAGCGCAUGUGUCUUGUGUUUCAUGUUGGGCUUCAUUAAGCAGCGCCAGCGCAGAAUGGAAAGGAACCGAGCACAACAAGUAGUUCUUGCUAUCGCCACUUUCGACCCCGAGGGACGGCUACUAGUCAGCCAAGGCGGUUUGAUGCCUUGUCAGACCAUCACACAGCGAUUCCAUCAAAGGACUUUCGACGAAGAGUUCAAUACCGCACAUCCCGUCUUCCAGUGGAUCUUUAGGGUAUCUCGCAACUGGACCGGCGUCUCGGACUUGAUUCCGUCCAUGCGAGAGCACCUCAAGUCCACCGGCUAUCUCCAAACGGCCACACAAGGAAGCAGCAGCCGGGAAUCAACGGGCAGCGACGACGAUUUGAGCUACUCGGCAACCUUCCGAGAGCUAUUCUGCGUCACAGCCCAAGAAAUUGCGAAAACGCUCGACAUGAGCCUCCAACAUCUGGGUUGCCUAUACGAAGACGUCUUGACUACUGGUACAGUGAUGAACCGUGUCAUCUGGACAGGCAACCACGGCAGCAAGACCAUCAUGGCUGCAGAUAUUGCGCCGAAGGAUCUGGAAGCAGGGGUCGUUAACCCCAUAUUAUUUGGCAGGGGUCAAAUGCUUGUGCUAACAAGAAAGGUCGAUACGACAGAAGCGCAUAGGCUACAGAACCUCGGGUACGGCUUCGCAAGUAUUGACCAGGUCAGCGAUCAUCUAGCACGCAGUUUGCAGAUACCUCGCGAUGAUCUCGAAAAUCUGGUAGGCCGCCUACAAGCCUUCAGUGAACGGCAACCCUCAGUACCCAGAAAAGGGACUUACCUCGCAUCUUUUCUCGUACAACCAAAGCCUGGCAUGAGAGGGUUGGACAUUAUCGUGCCACGGACGACACCAGGCCAAUUGCCGAUGGUCAAGAUGAGCGACAAUGAACUUGGGGGUCGACAACUGGGCAUUCUAUCCAGUUUCAACGGGCUCACUCUGGACGCGUGCUUGGCACGACUAAACCAGCGAUCAACAACACGAUCGGAAGACGACGUAUUCCUGACGAAGUUUCGCAAUGCAAUUACGGAUCUUUUGCGGGAUUGCGCUGAAGAGACGCUUCAUAGCGCAAUAUUCUCAGCGCAACAGCUGGACAUGAUGCAUGGUCACACGGAAUCCAGCCAGGCCACUGUGUAUGCAUUCUGCGGUAUCAAGGAGAUCUAUGUCCAGUCGCUUCAAAGCCUUACACUCAAGACCAUCCCUCUAUCAUUCUUCCAGACAUAUCUCCGGUCCUUGCCUGGAUGUGCGGAUCACGCGAUACUCGCCCAGAAAAACCACAAAGAGUUCAGCAGCCUGCAACGGGCCCAAUCAGUACUCCGAAUGCCGGCUAGCAGGUCCGGUCCCAAAUGGCCGCGUAGUUUACGACCCAAGACGUCUGCCUCGAGCGAGAUGAGCUGGCAGGCGGAUACAUGCUCUGAGAAAGGACUCGUCAACUGCAACAUGGUGGCUUCGUCGGCAGAAGCGUCGACACAUGCUUGGGGAGGUAUUAUGGUUACUUCUACGCAAGAUAUCCACGUAGAUGAAAGCAGAGAUGGAGCGGACAUGGAACUGCAUGAUCUGGGGGUGAAAGCCAAGAUUGACAGUGUAGCUGAGACGGAGCAGCAGACACUGGCAGACCGAUUGAUGUCCAUCACAACAGCGUUUCGCGGCCCACAUGCGACAAGGCCAUCUUCCAACAAACCUUAUGGCGUCAUCCGGAGGUAA